GAGCUUUGGCACCAGCUCUGCAGUGCUCUGUCACUCCCUACAGACCCACCCAAGUGCUGUUGGCUCACCAACACCCAGAUGAAGUGUGACGGCGCCCUGUGCUAGAGUUAAAUUAUAGUCCAAACAGUGUGGGAACUGCACAGCUCAGGUCUGGCAGUAGUCACAUUAGAAUAAAAGCGUUUUAAGGUUUAUUGGAGCACUUAAUGCUUCACUUAACGAACAUCCAGUGCAGGUAACGAACUGAGAGGAUGCAGUGUGCCAAGGCAGGUAAGCUAGUCCAGGAGUUGGGUCUUCUGUGCUGCAGGCUGGAGGUUGUAAAGAUAUGGGAGGGAAGAGCUUACCCUGCACCUUUUCCAGGCUGUGGGCAAAGUGUUUCAAGUGUCCUUGGGAGAGGGAGCCCAGCAGUGGGCAAUGUGGGCAGACAGCCUGCUGCUGAACUGAAGUUGCUUUGUUUUACAGGAGCAGCCUGUGCGCAUGAUGGUGCAUGACACCUCUUGUAAUGAUGGUAAAGACUGUGCUGAGCAGCAGCUCAAUAACUAUCAGCCAGCUCUCGCUUCCAGAAGGGUGCUUUCAGCUUCCUUCUGCCUUCUGCACCCUCCUGGAGUCAUUCAACUCUCCUUCAGAACUACACCAGAGCCAAGCAGCGCAGCCAAGCAUUCCCAUGCCCAAGUGUGUGGUGCAUCCAUUCUUUAGCACAGAGCAGCCUCAGUGCUGCCAGGAAGUCCCCUCCGAGGAGGCACUGCUAUGCCCAAUGUGCUGAUGAAUUCUCUCCCCUUGGUGAUCAGAUACACUGGGUAGCAAGGCCUGGCUUUUGACUGGGGGCAAAUGCAGAUGAAGAAUUGAGGUGUUAGUGAUAUCCGUAUAUGUAAGGCAGCCAUGUUCUCAAUGUCUCAUCUUUUUUUUCCUACACAUAUGCAUGAGCUGUCCUUAAAUAUAAAUGUGCUGGGACUAACUCAUUUUGUAUUCCAGUGGUGAUGUGCUCCUCAGACCUUUUCUUUCAGCCUGAUCAAAGGCGUAUAUCCACACGCCUCCAGAAUGAAAGUACCCAGUCUCAUCUGCCUGGGUAGUUCCCUGGUGAAUUCACAUUCCUGUUUCCUCACAGCUCCAGCUUCUGCAUUUGCUGAGGUUGUGGGAACCAAUGGGGUUUUGAAUUCUUGUCCCUUAUUUUCACUAGAUUCCUUUAAAAAGAAUGGGAAAAUGAACUGAGGAACUGACAGAACCGAUUCCCCUGACCUUUUUCACUGUGCCCCUCUGAAAUCUUCCCCCAGCUUUUAUCAGCACCAUUCCAUCUUUUGAGACAGGGGAAAACCCCUGGAGCUUUUUCCGUCCUUUGCAAAGAAUCCACCCAGCCACCCAGCUUCGUUUCUGGUAAGGUUUUCAGUCCCACUCAGCCAUUUGUCUCAGCGUAUACGUCACCCUCUUCCUCUUGGGUGGGCAGAAGGGGGACGGUGCAGCUGCUAUGCUGGCUGCUGACUGGGUCACUGAGUGCUGCUGGGCUGGCUGGGCUAGGCUAUAAAACAGAGCCACACCAAGCAGCUGGCUCACAGGCAGACCGAAUUCUGCAGCCAGCAAAGGACCUGCACAGCCCCUGCUGCCUCCUGCCUUGUGAUUAUUUUUUUCCUGGAAUACAGACCUGACCUUGGGAGCAAGAUGUGCAAGGGACUCGCUGCACUGCCAGCCACUUGCUUAAAAAGUGCCAAGGAUAUGAAGCAUCGUCUGGGUAUCUUGCUGCAGAAGUCAGAUUCCUGUGACUAUGGCUCUUCCCAUGGCAAGAAGGAGAAAGUAUCUCCAAGCCAAAGGGUUAGCCAAGAGGAAGUCAAAAAGUGGGCAGAGUCAUUGGAAAAUUUGAUCCAUCAUGACAGAGGUCUGGCUGCUUUCCGUGCUUUUCUCAAAUCUGAGUACAGCGAGGAAAACAUCGAGUUCUGGGUCAGUUGUGAGGACUACAAGAAAACCAAGUCACCAGCCAAGCUCAGCCCCAAGGCCAGGAAGAUAUAUGAUGAAUUCAUCUCUGUGCAGGCAACAAAAGAGGUGAACCUGGAUUCAUGCACACGGGAGAAGACGAGCCACAAUAUGCUGGAGCCUACACUGUCCUGCUUUGAUGAGGCUCAGAGAAAAAUAUUCACCCUCAUGGAGAAGGAUUCUUACCGCCGUUUCCUCAAGUCCCCCUACUACCUGGACUUGGUCAGCCCACCCACAGCUGGCUGCGGGCCCGAAAACUGCAAAAGAGCCCACGCUCAUGCCUUAGACUGUAACUCUAAUAUCAUCUCCCAGUGUGCCUGAACCUGCAGCGAGGCCAGGAGCAGGCUGGGCUCUCGUAGGAAUAUAUGGCAGCAAAAGCAUUCAUUGGCAUGAAACAACAGAGCUGUCUUCAGUAGCUGUCUUAUGUCCCUGUUGUGUCCCGUGUCAUGCAGCAGCCAGCAUUUGUAACCCAAACCAGGCUCAGUUUGUGUAGCAAACCCUCUGACUCCAACUGUGUAGGAGCCCUGGGGUCUGUCUGAUGUGAGAGUGCAGUGAGGUCACUGUGGGUCCAUUUCUGACAAACACUGAGCCCAGGAGGGUGGGAGCAGCAGGGAAGGGGCACACAUACUUACACCUAGCGCUGGCCGUAAAGGGAACAGUCUUGUGAUGUCACAGUGUGACACUUAGCAAGGAGCAGGGAGGCAAAGCAAGGUGAUGGGGACUGGUAUCUCGCUCCCCUUCUAAUCAGCAAGAGCUUAGGUGGGAAGGAAGGACUUGGUCUGGUCCUUGGCUGUUCGUAUAGCUCCCAGCUAUCAGGCACAGGAAGAGCUCCACUCUUUCUUGAAGGGAGAUCAACACUUUCAGGCUAGCACACAGUCUUCUAUGGUCAUUACACAAAAUUGCAUGAAAGCUCUCCCCGAGCUGCUUUUCCCUCUGUAGCAUCUAGAUGAAGUUGGCUAAGGACCUUAUCUUUUUUUAAGGCUACACAGAGCUAUUAUCAGGGGGAGGUUCAGUUUUUUGAACGUAAUUGUACUCUUCAUGAUCCCAAACUAAAACUACCAUUCCAAUACCAUAGCAGAGCAGAAAUGAAAAAUGGUCUUCUCUUCCAGACAGCUGUAUAUUAGUAACUCUUGAAUGUAGGUUUGCCUGUCCUGACUUGAAUGAAGCAGUUUGUAAUGGACUAAUACCAUUACCACAACAGCUGAGGAGGGAAGGUGCUGCUUGGGAGUACCUGAAAUAUUUCAGGUUUUUUUUUUUUGUUUGUUUGUUUGCUUUUUAAGUUAUUAAUGUAAGUUAUUCAUGUCAUCCAGUAGUUGCAUUACUCACUUUUGUCCUGAAGAUGGUGGAAGGGGUGUGCUGGCCUCAUUACUGCUCCUGGGCUCUGGUCAUCCUCUCCCCAGCUCUCAGUCUUUCCCUAGCUGGAAAUUGCUGCUCUGACAGCCAUACAUUCCUUGCUCUGCAUCCCUCAGACAGCUGUCCUCACAGGGGUUCUGACAUGGCAGAAGGCUGUGGUGCUUUGAGGCCCACACAGAAGCGUCUCUUCUAACAUUUGCUUUCUUUUGCAUUUCUUCGUGUGCUGACACAUACCACCCUGCAUGUUCAGCUGCAAGAUGGAGAGCUUCUAAUACUCUAAGCAUAGCUGAGCAUGUGGCUAUGUUUUAUUUGCCUCUGGUACUGGGAACUCUUGACAACUCUUGCAAAAAAAAAAAAAAAGUAUCGAUAUUUAAAUAAUAAUGAAUACAUAUUAAAUAAAACAUAUUUGGAUUAGUCCCUGCUAAAGUGCCAUUGUGUGAACCCAAGAAUGCGUGGUGAUGCAAUUCACUGACUAAAGUUACUCUGAAAAGUCAUUUCACAGGUGGCUCUGCUCCCAUUGU